AUGGAACAAGCCAAGAGCCUUCGGGCCAUGCUUACUGGAGUUAGUGAAGGGAUUGUUAGUGACAACCAAUUAGUCAAGGAAACAAAGCCUUUUCUAGAUGCGCUCCUCUUCUACGAGGAAUCGCUUAAUAGUUUUCUCGGUUAUUAUUUAAACAGGGAAAUUCCAGGCAGGGAAGAGUGUGUUGCAGCUAAAGAAGCACUAAAAAUCCUAAUGGAUGGUAUUAAGGCCCUUAUUCCUUCUUACUAUACUAUUGAAGCCGAAAGCUUCUUUAAAAUUGUUGAUGAUUUGAUAAAGCACUCGAAGGAAUCACUUCAGGUGUUUAAAAAUGCACUUAGAGAAGCUUUACCAUAUGCUAACGACGACUUAAAGGUUCAGACAAAGUCAACUAUUACUGGAAAAACAAAAAACGUACUUCUGAAGGACAUUAUUUUUGAUCUUUUAGAAGGAGGUCAUUCGUGUAACGACUGUCAUAAUAAUGUUAUUAAUAAUUUUCUUCGAAGUAUGAACCUAUCAGGCGUUAACGUUUUCAGGUGGUACUUUAAUCCUACUUUCUCUAUGCUGAGUUUUGAACCUGUACGCCAUAACUAUUUAGAAGCAUAUAAAAAGGCUGUCCAUGAUCUUGAAGAAAAUAGAGGCCUUUUUACUGUCGAAUUUAACAAACUAAAAGAGAGACUCGAAGAAAUGGUUACGGAAGCGGAGAAUCUGCAAACCAGGAUUAAAAGCUUACAGCCCAUCGAUGAUGACGCUCCCAAGGAUGCUACACCCGAGGUUCCAAAAAAGGAUCCAAGUAAAGCGGAGGGUGAAGACAAGGAGCCUCUUGAAGAGGCACCCUCCCCCGUCAGGAGGGCAGUGGCCAGCCUGGACACCGGACGCCCGUUCGGAAACCUGUGCGUUGUGUUCGUCCUCAUCCUGGCCGUCCAGGGCCUCCUGCGGGUCUCCGGGAUGGAGCACAGCACACCGGGUGUGUCCUGGAACACCGCGCUCUACUCGCUCGCCGUUGCAGGCGCCGUCACGUACCAGCUGUGGGUGCUCGCCGAGGGCUGCCGCAGGGGCGGGGCCGGCAGCAUGGCGAGGCAGGGGUGGAGUGCCGUUGCGUGCAUGGCGCCGAUGCUUGUGGCGGUUCCCCAUGCGGGGGUGAUCAGGAGCAGCAUGUACAGCGUGGCGGUGGCAGGGCUUGCGGCUGUCACGCUGUAUGUGCAGGAUGCAGCAAGGCGCGGGAUGCCGUGGCGGGAGGCGUGUGCGGUUGGCGCAGGGAAUGCGGUGCUGGCUGCGGCAUGUGCUGCGGGGUCUGUGGCACCUGCGGACGGCGUGUGCGGGCGGCCCUUCUGGGUGUGGAUGGGGGUUGUUGUGUUUGUCGGCCUGCUGCUUGCUGUGUCGUAUGCUGAGAGGGGGGGAAGAGGGCAGAAGGCGGAGGAGUGUGGGGAUGUGGUUGCGAGUGUGCUGCUUGUGACGACUGUUGUGGUUGGGACGAUUGGGUCGCUUGUGUGUGGGCGUGCCUACCACGAGAUGUAUGUGGGGGGGGGUGGAAGUACCUGCCGAGUGAUGAGAUUGAAUGAUGUUAUUCUUGUUAAUUAUCCUUUUUUAUUUGGAUGCUGUAAAGGUAGUAUCCUGUCACGGAGACAACAACGGCGAGCAGGAUCCAGACAAGCCUUCCUCCUGUGUGGACGUCGUCGCUUGUGUACUCCCCAGGCCCAAGGUCCUUGA